AUGGAUGGGGUAGCAGGUCCCUCCACUUCACACUCCCCCGAUGGCCAGCAGCCCGUGGAAAAGGUGAAGAUCCUGGCCCCAUCCAUCCAACCUUGGACUCCAGUGCCCUGCCGAGAGAGACACGCUCGCGGGGAUCUCAGCGCUGACACGACCGUCUCCAUCAGGGCGCAUCAUCGCCUUCCACCGAGACCGACACGCCCUCGUCGAGCGGCAACCAGAAGAAAAUCAUCGAGGUCGCCUGCUGGCCCUGUCGCCGGCGCAAGGGAAAGGUAUGAAUUGACACCUCGACGUCCACGGUCCGGCGAAAGCGGAGGGGAUGGAUCAAUGCUUAUCGUGACCACUCUCCGACAGUGCACCGGCGAGCGCCCAGCGUGUUCGUCGUGCCUUCGCCGCGCCGUCGAAUGCUCCUACGAGUACGAAGAAGGCGUUACGCGCCUCGGGUCGCUGCGAAUGAACCUCCAAAAAGCCACUUCGCGCGCCGAGAGCCUCCAAUUCCUCUUCGAACAGCUGCGCACCCGCUCCGACAACGAAGCCGCAUGCCUCCUUGCCGUCAUCCGAAUGGGCGCCGACAUUGACAUUAUCUGUCAGAAGUUGAAGAGCGACCCAAACUUCCUCUUCGCUUCGCCGGACUUGUCAGCCCUGAUGUCCCAAGCCUGA